ACUCGUGUCGAACUCGCAGAUCAGUAUACAGCAACUUCGUGAGGGCAGCAUCAAGACAAACCAACUUUGUCCAUUUUGUUCGCAGUCACUGAAUCUCCACUUAGAAGAUAUAAAUAGGACGUGGGCUCAACAGAGGGCAAUGAACUGUUUAUGGACAAACUCGGAAGAUUGCUGCUGAAUGUACGUGGGUGUUCCUCGCCUGCGCCAGGCGUUGUGGAUUACUGAGAAACAGUCCUCUUUGUGGCGACCUUUGGCAUCUAUUUAUAGGGGUCUCGAACAGGAGUUUGAUCCUUGACAGUGGCUCCGUCUCUGAAGAAAGAUCUGGUGAAAAUGGGGAGCAAAGCACUGCCCGCGCCGAUUCCACUGCAUCCGUCCUUGCAGCUGACAAACUAUUCCUUUCUGCAAGCUGUCAAUACGUUCCCUGCGGCCAUGGACCACCUGCAAGGACUGUAUGGCUUAAGUGCUGUACAAACUAUGCACAUGAACCACUGGACUCUGGGCUAUCCGCACAUGCAAGGACUGAGGUCAACGAUUACCGAAAUGGCUGCAGCUCAAGGCCUGGUUGAUCCCAGGUUCACUUUCCCCGCGUUGCCCUUUGCCGCGCACCUUUUUCACCCGAAACAAGGCGCCAUUACGCACGUCAUACCGGCCCUUCACAAGGACAGGCCGAGGUUUGACUUUGCCAACCUCGCCAUAGCCGCUACCCAGGAGGACCCACCAAAAGCGGGGGAGCUUUCCAAGCUGACCGCAGGCCUAAGUGGCGCAAUUUCGGAGCUGAGCAAACUCUCACCGGACAGAAAACCUACACGUGGACGGCUGCCGUCCAAAACGAAAAAGGAAUUUAUUUGUAAGUUCUGUGGAAGGCACUUCACCAAGUCCUACAACCUCCUCAUCCACGAGAGAACCCACACGGAUGAGAGGCCGUACACAUGCGACAUAUGCCACAAGGCCUUCAGGAGACAAGACCAUCUCCGGGACCAUAGAUACAUCCAUUCCAAGGAAAAACCGUUCAAAUGCCAGGAAUGUGGGAAGGGAUUCUGUCAGUCUCGAACUUUAGCCGUUCACAAAACAUUGCAUAUGCAGGAAUCUCCUCACAAAUGCCCCACAUGCGGAAGAACCUUUAAUCAAAGAAGUAACCUGAAAACUCACCUUCUCACCCAUACAGACAUCAAGCCCUACAGCUGCGAGCGCUGCGGAAAGGUGUUUCGGCGCAACUGUGACCUGCGACGGCAUAGUUUGACACAUACACCCCAUCAGGACUUCUAGUUUCCAUGGCUGGACAGAGAAAUAAAACAAAAAACUAAUGUACACAGGAAAAAAAACAGAGUAACGGCUACACAGAUUGGAGAAUACUCAAGCAUGGACAAAACGGACAUGAUAAAAUAAAGCAACGGAGUCAGUCAUGGCCUGAAUAUGACACACAUAACAACAACGAAUCCUGGACUUAUUUUAUGGCAUCCCUGUAAAUACAUACCCUGGACUCCUAUGUAAAUAAUAUUUCCCCUGUUUUUUUUUUCCUUUUUUGUAUUUGUUCUGUUUGAUUUAAAACAGUUGACACUUGCCUAUAUGUGGUUGUUUGUUAAAUGGUAUUGUAGAAAUAAAACGUAAUUAUAACCAAGAA